AUGCUGAACUCAGUACCACCCAGCUUGGUGGGUCUGUUGAGAUACUGGUACGAGAAUCAAACCAACACGGUUAGAUGGGGCGACGCACAUUCUAGUGAAUAUAGACUAGAGUGUGGCGUUCGUCAGGGAGGGCUGACCUCUCCGGACCUCUUCAACAUUUAUGUGAACGACCUGAUCGAGGAGCUGAGGAGCACCGGCAUCGGAUGCCACGUAGGUAACGUGUGUUUUAACAACCUGAGUUAUGCAGAUGACAUGGUGCUGCUCAGUCCCUCGAUUGGCGGAUUACGAAAGCUGUUGUACAUCUGUGAGAACUUUGCACAUAGGAACGGCAUGAUGUACAAUGUAAAGAAAUGCGAAAUGAUGGUGUUCCGGUUUAGGGGAGGUCCGGAGAGGGUACCCCCGGUUUAUAUGUACGGCUCAGCAAUUCGGGUUGUCAAGCAGUUCAAGUACCUGGGGCACAUCCUAACGGAGAGUCUCAGUGACGACGCGGACAUGGAACGCGAGCGGCGCGCCCUGGCAGUUCGGUGCAACAUGCUCGCGCGUAGGUUUAGUAAGUGCUCUAGGGAUGUCAAGAUUGUGCUCUUCAAGGCGUAUUGUCAAAGUUUUUAUACAUGCCAACUGUGGACUAACUACACAAGAAGAGCAUAUAGCAUCCUUAGAGUGCAGUAUAACGAUGCGUUGCGAAUCCUGUUGAGGCUGCCGCGGUACUGCAGUGCGAAGGCCAUGUUCGCCGACGCCAGGGUGCCCGACUUCUUCGCCGUGAUGCGGCAGCGCGCCGCGGGGUGCUGGGACAGAGUGCGCAGCUCCAGUAACGAGCUCAUUGCUGCUAUAAACCAGGAUAUCUAUGGAAAUAGGUUUAUGAUACAUUGGUCGUGCCUGCACCAGUCUGCCAAUAAGAAGUAG